AUGAAGACGUGCCUUCUAAUCUUCAGCAAGGACACGUUCCUAGGGGCCUAUGUGAGUACGGUCUUCGAAAACUACGUCGCCGGAGCCGAGGUCGCCGGCAAACAGUUGGAGCUGGCAUUUGGGCUCACCGCGGAGCAGGAGGAUCAACGGCCGGUAUCGGCAACUGUUGUGCCCCUGGUCAUUGAAGAAAUCCUCCAUGCCUGUCAUUAUUGCGGGGAACAAAAGCCUCGCACAUGCUCUCAGAACUCAGCCAAGGCCAAAAACGGGUGGCAGGAGGACUACGGACGUUUGCGGCCAUCUUCGUUCCCGGACUCGGACGUCAUUCUCACGUGCUGCAGCAUCGACUCGCCCGACUCCCUGGAGAACACCCCAGAGUUGGGGAGGCCGGAGGUGCGUCAGUUCUGCUCAAGCGUGCGUGCCAUUCUUACGGGGACCGAAGGCCUCGCACACGCUGUCAGAACUCACCAAGGCGAAGAACAGGCGACAGGAAGACUACGACGGUUGCGGCCGUUGUCGUUCCGGUUCUCGGACGCUAUCCUCACGUGCUGCAGCAUCGACUCGCCCGACUCCCUGGAGAACAAUCCUGAGUCGGGGAGGCCCGAGGUGCGUCAGUUCGGCCCCAGCGUGCCUGUCAUUCUUGCGGGGACCGAAGGCCUCGCACACGCUGUCAGAACUCACCAAGGCGAAGAACAGGCGACAGGAAGACUACGACGGUUGCGGCCGUUGUCGUUCCCAUUCUCGGACGUCAUCCUCACGUGCUGCAGCAUCGACUCGCCCGACUCCCUGGAGAACAAUCUUGAGUCGGGGAGGCCGGAGGUGCAUCAGUUCUGCCCCAGCGUGCCUGUCAUUCUUGCGGGGACCGAAGGCCUCGCAAACGCUGUCAGAACUCACCAAGGCGAAGAACAGGCGACAGGAAGACUACGACGGUUGCGGCCGUUGUCGUUCUCGUUCUCGGACGUCAUCCUCACGUGCUGCAGCAUCGACUCGCCCGACUCCCUGGAGAACAAUCCUGAGUCGGGGAGGCCGGAGGUGCGUCAGUUCUGCUCAAGCGUGCAUGCCAUUCUUACGGGGACCGAAGGCCUCGAACACGCUGUCAGAACUCACCAAGGCGAAGAACAGGCGACAGGAAGACUACGACGGCUGCGGCCGUUGUCGUUCCGGUUCUCGCACAUCAUCCUCACGUGCUGCAGCAUCGACUCGCCCGACUCCCUGGAGAACAACGCUGAGUCGGGGAGGCCGGAGAUGCGUCAGUUAUGA